CGGGCUAGGAGAACUUUUGUGUUUGUGUUUUGCUAAUUCUUUUCUUGGAUUUAUCCCAUUUCUCACUGCCAUCAGUUAACUGUUAAUUGGGACUGCUUUGUUCAGUUUCCAUUUUGGGAUUUGCGGUGAAUUUGUUGAAGGAGUGAAGGAAAUAGGAAGGUGUGAUCUGUUGUUUAUUGGUUUGGGGGUUUAUUCUGUGGUUUGAUUGAGUAAGGGGGGAUUGGUUUGGAUUGAUUUGGAUUGGUUUGGAUUGAAUUGGUGGUAGUGUGAGGGGAGGAAGUGUUGGAAAUGGGGAGUAAUUUAAAUUUCAAGAAUUUCGCGAACGAGCCACCAGCUGGCGGUGGUGGGAGGGUGGCGAAUAAUAGCCCAUUGACGCGGCAGUCCUCUGUCUAUUCUUUGACCUUUGAUGAGUUCCAGAAUACUAUUGGGGGGAGUGGGAAGGAUUUUGGGUCAAUGAACAUGGAUGAGCUUUUGAAGAGUAUAUGGAGUGCGGAAGAUAAUCAGAACUUCGCUCCCACCAUUGGUGGUGGUGGUGGAGGUGUUGGUGGUGGGGGAAGUGGUGGUGUCCAAGAAGGGGGUGGCUUGCAGAGGCAGGGAUCGUUGAUCCUUCCCCGGACACUAAGCCAGAAGACGGUUGAUGAGGUGUGGAGGGAUAUGUCGAAAGAGGGUGGUGCAGCGAAGGAGGGAGACGUCAGCGUUGCUAGCUUUGGCGUGCCACAGAGGCAGCAGACGUUGGGGGAGAUUACACUUGAGGAGUUCUUGGUUAGGGCCGGGGUUGUGAGGGAGGAGGCUCAGUUAGCUGCUGCGAACAAUGCUGGGAUUUUUGGUGAUCUGUGGCACCCUGUGAAUAACAGCUCGGGUUUGGGGUUUGGAUUUCAGCAGCAGCAGCAGCAGCAGCAGGCUAGUAGGAAUUUGGGGUUGAUUAGUGCUGGGGUUACUGAAACUAGUAAUCCGAUGGCUGCACAAUCGGCUGCUAAUUUACCGUUGAAUGUGAAUGGCGUAAGGUCUUCCACACAGCAGAUGGAGAAUCAUCAGCUGCAGCAGCAACAACGGCAACAUCAGCCUCAGCAGAUCCUUCCAAAACAGUCCGCGAUGGGUUAUGGAUCAGCUAUGGGGAUUCCAAGUAACGGUCAGUUGAGUAGCCCACGGAUUAGGGGCGGAAUGGUUGGGAUUUCUGACCCGGGAAUGAAUAACUCACCAGUCCAUAAUUCAGCUUUGCAAGGUGGAGGGCUUGGGAUGGUUGGUUUGGGGUCUAAUGGAUCUCCAGCUGUUUCGUCAGACGGGCUCUCUAAGAGCAACGGGGAUACGUCUUCAGUGUCACCUGUUCCUUACGUGUUUAACGGGGGUUUGAGGGGUCGGAAGAGUGCUGCUCUGGAGAAGGUGGUUGAAAGGAGGCAGAGGAGGAUGAUAAAGAACAGAGAGUCAGCUGCAAGGUCACGAGCUCGUAAGCAGGCUUACACCAUGGAGUUGGAAGCAGAAGUUGCUAAAUUAAAGGAGGAAAAUGAACAAUUGCAGAAGAAACAGGCGGAGAUAAUGGAAGUGCAGAAGAAUCAGGCGCUGGAAAUGGUGAAACAGCAGAGUGGGGCGAAGAGGCAGUGCUUGAGAAGGACACAAACUGGGCCGUGGUAAGGGCCACGUGGAACGAGCUAGAUACGCCUGUGUAAAUAGUACAUAGAAUACGACGUGGUUCAUGUUGUUGUAGAUGAGUAUAGAGAGAGUUAGAGGAGUAGCGCUUCAUCGCCUUAGGAUGCAUAUCUCAUGUUUCGAUGGAAUGUAGGUGGAAAAAGUUUUACAAAGGGUAGUCGAUUAGGUACAAAGAUUGGUAGAGUGCUGUUCCCAUCUCCCAAAGUGUCGUGUUUCUCAUGUUCGUAUUCGUGUUCGUGUUGACAUAGAAUAGAUUACAGUUUAUUUAUAUAUUUACAUUGUUUGUGAGUUA